AUGACUAGACUGGAAUGUACUGCACUCAACUACAUCAACAUGAUGACAUUAUGGAACUAUGGAUUCUUCAUCCUAUUGGCAAGCAUCAGCAUUGGAAAUUGCCAGACCGUAGUUUCGACAAAUAUCUUCAAACAAGGCUUCCCGCCCAUGGAUGUCAUUCCACCGGUGGAUCCAGCUAUACUCGCAUUGUAUGAUCUCAGCAGGGUUCCGAACUAUCCUCUCAAGACUCUCAACACUACAACAAACAACACAAUCUGUCCUGCAAGCAAUGUGUCCUGUGAUUUCAAUUGCUUUGGAUGUACCCGUUCAACAGAUAUAAGGAUCUGUCCAAAUGACGGACCUGGUCCUUACACUACUGGGCUGCUCGAUUUUCUAGAUUCUGUGAACGUCAAGACCAUGUUUUUCGCUAUCGGAUCUCGUGUUAGUGAACGACCAGAUAUUACACUACGAGAGUUCCAAACGGGACAUGUCCUAGCCGCACAUACGUGGAGCCAUCCUGGGAGUCUUUCACAACUUUCCAAAAGCACAAUGAUGCUCACUGGUGUACCAACUGAGCAAAUUGUUAUGGAGAUGCAUUAUUCAGUGCUGGCCAUUGAAAAGGUCACUGGUACACGACCAAAGUAUGCUAGAUUCCCUCUCGGUGAUGCAGACGACCGUGUCCGUGCCAUCUUUAUUGCUAUGAAUCUGACCUCGAUCAUGUGGGAUCGUGACACAUCUGACUGGACUUCCAACGAUCCAUCAUACCAUUUUCAACCUCAAUGGAUUCCAAACAACUUUACUGACUGGAUUGCUGCCUCUGGCAAUGAUACCAAUGGUCACAUAUCAUUGGAACAUGAUUUGUUUCCUAUUUCAGCUACUGAGGCACCACAGUCACUCAACCUCUUGCUCAAGGCUGGUUUCCAUGUUGAAUCACCUGCUGAAUGCAUUGGUGACAUGCGACCAUACACCAACCAAAGCAUUGUCAUCCCUCAAAGUAUGGUCAAGGGCUCUACGGGAGUUGGACUUGGUCAACCUGCAACAAGUGGUACUAGCAAUCGUCGUUCUAGUAGUUUGGGUUCAGUGAUGUCCAUUAUUUGUUACAUCACUCUACCCUUGGCAAACCUCUGUUUUUUAUUGUGA